GUUGCGGUCGUUUUGUUUUGUUUUUGUUACGGCACUGGGUCAAAAUAGAUGACUUCUGAGGUCCCAAGACUCUAAAUUUUAAAAUUCUAACUUGAAGCGAAUAGGUUUCGGCAAGUAAUAUAAGUAUUCUAAUACACCGAGGAUGUACAAACUCUAGUUCCUAGAUGACAUAAUUGCCCCACGCUGCACUCCUUUUUAUUUUUAUUUUGCUGAGGCAAUUGGGGUUAAGCGACUUGACUAGGUCACACGGCUAGUAUUAAAUGUCUGAGGUCAUAUUUGAACUCAAGUCCUCCCGACUUCAGGGCUGGUGCUUUAUCCACUACACCAACUAACCGCCCUCCUUUUUAUUUUUUUAAUAAAUUCAAUAUCCCCACCCAGAAGUGUUAGAUCCUUACUCCUUUUCGCCAGACUUUAAGUGGGUGGGGAAGAAUCUCCCUCUCCUACUGGCUGACUUAAAUGUCACUUCGUUAUUUGCAGUUUGGAUAUCAGCUAAAGGGUAAAUGAAGCCUCAGAGAGGCUCGUUCCGUUCUGGAACUGUGAUUGGUGAUUACAGAGGCCAAAGGGCGAUUCGCCAACCGCCUGGCUAAACCCGUUUUGGCUCAGCCUUGCUGCCCAUGGAGAGGAUCGAGUUUCUUCUUUCGAAGGCCUGAGAUAGGAAGUGUUUCGAGAAUUCCUCCUGGUCGCAGCAAAGCAGUGAUAGGAGGGACUCGUUGGUUCUCAGGCCAGAAUCAGGGAGGCAAUUAUUUAGACUAAAGAAGCUGCAUUAUUGCAAACACCACACUAGCAGCACUGAGAGGGAGUCAUAGCUGUGGCGAUGGUAGUAUAAGCAUCCGUCACCAGUUGCUCCUUUCCAAUGAUCUCUUCUCUUCUUCCCCUCCCCUUCUCCCAUCUGCCUUACCGCACUUCCAGCAGAACCCAUUUUUGUAGCAAAACUACAGCCGGUCCAAACAAGCCCAUUCAAAGAAUCAUGGGAUGUGGAGCUGGAAAGUAACCUCAAAGACCCUCCAAUCCAUCCCCCAUCAUUUUACAGAUGAGAAAACUGAGGCCCAGGGAGACUCAGUAACUAAGGUUCAGUCUGUGUUGUAUCAUUUUUCUUGAAGACAUUCCAUUGGUUUUUCCUUUACCCCCAAGUUUUUUGGAAUCAAGUUAUGUCAACAGCUGCUCUAAUUACUUUAGUUAGAAGUGGAGGGUACCAGGUGAGAAGGAGAGCUCUGUUGACAUCACGCCUGCUGCAGGAUGACAAAAGAGUGACUUCCACCUGCCAUAGCUCCACCUCUGAGCGAAGAUCUUCUAGAUUUGAUCCAGACGGCAGUGGGCGUCCAGCUACAUGGGACACUUUUGGGAUCUGGGAUAACCGAAUUGAUGAGCCAAUUCUUCUCCCACCAAGCAUCAAGUAUGGAAAGCCAAUUCCCAAAAUUAGCCUGGAAAAUGUGGGCUGUUCCUCUCAAAUUGGAAAACGGAAAGAAAAUGAGGAUCGAUUUGACUUUGCCCAGUUGACAGAUGAAGUUCUAUACUUUGCAGUAUAUGAUGGACAUGGUGGAUCUGCAGCUGCUGACUUCUGUCACACACAUAUGGAAAAAUAUAUUAUGGAUUUCCUUAUCAAGGAUAAGAACUUGGAAACUGUAUUGACCAGCGCUUUCCUAGAAAUAGAUAAAGCAUUUGCAAGGCAAGCACACUUAUCUGCUGAUGGUACUUUGCUAAUCUCUGGGACCACUGCAACAGUAGCCUUGUUGCGAGAUGGUAUUGAAUUGGUCAUAGCUAGUGUCGGGGAUAGCCGUGCUCUCUUAUGUAGAAAAGGAAAGCCCAUAAAACUGACCACAGACCAUACUCCAGAAAGGAAAGAUGAAAAAGAAAGGAUCAAGAAAUGUGGUGGCUUUGUAGCUUGGAACAGUUUGGGACAACCUCAUGUCAAUGGCAGGCUUGCAAUGACGAGGAGCAUUGGAGAUUUGGAUCUCAAAAACAGUGGUGUGAUAGCAGAACCUGAAACAAAAAGGAUUAAGCUGCAGCAUGCUGAUGAUAGCUUCCUGGUCCUCACUACAGAUGGAAUUAACUUCAUGGUGAAUAGUCAAGAGAUUUGUGACUUUGUCAAUCAGUGCCAUGAUCCCAAUGAAGCAGCCCAUGUUGUAACUGAACAGGCAAUACAGUAUGGUACUGAAGAUAAUAGCACUGCAGUAGUAGUGCCUUUUGGUGCCUGGGGAAAAUACAAAAACUCAGAUGUCGGUUUCUCAUUCAGCAGAAGUUUUGCCUCAAGUGGACGUUGGGCUUAAUAGCUUGUGCCAGAUGUUAUUCUGCGAUUGAUAUCUACUAUUAUAGGAAACAGAACUAGAUUUUUUAAAAAAUCAUCUUAUGACUCAAAAAUUAGUGCCUAAAUUGCUUUUAAGUUUAUUAUCUAUUUCCAUGUAUUGUUUAUGAAUAUCAUGGUUAUCAUCUGUAAGCUCUAAUUCAACUUGUUUGGCAUAACAGUAUGGAUAAUCAAACUUCUGCGAGUCCAUGUGUACAAUGAGUAAAAGGAUCUCAUAAAAAAAAAAUAAAGGGUUUGAUCUAACUGUGUUAACUAUUUUAUUUCUUUUUUUGGACUACUAGGCAGCUCUUGAUUUUCAGUGACCAUUUUUACUGUACAAGCUGAAACCUAACUUUAUUGUGUAUCUUUGGAGAAGUUCUUGAUUUUCAGGGUGUGUGUGUGUGUAUGUGUGUGUGUACAAAUAAAACAAUGUUAUGUAUACAUGUUGCUUAUUUUUAAAAUACUCCACUAAUUGCAAAAUAUUGAUUAUAAUAAUACAGAUAGUACAGGCCUUUUCACAAUUGCUUUUUAAAAAUUCUGGCCCAGUAACUAACUGGCUGUUGGAACUGAAAAACAAUUGAAAUGAUUCAAUUUGAAAGUGAUGGGACAUACCUAAGGUAUGGUAUUACGAGCCCAGUUACAUUUUUAUGAACAACGAGCCUAUGUUUUUUUUAAAUUGAUUGUUACUUGGGUCUCAUAUAAUCAUUCAUUCUCUUUCUUAUGAGUGAGGAAGAUGCACAGUAUAUGUUUCUCAAUCUAGGAAAAUAGACUACUUAUGCAAAAGGUCCUUUUUCUGGAUUAAUGUAAAAAGAAGUACUGAAGGUUUUAAGUACUGUAUAUAAAAUUUUCUGCUUUUAAUCUCUUUUAAGUGUUUUAUAUAUACUCUAGAUAUAUUAGUUUUUCUAUUGUGGAUACUUUUUUGUGGGAGAUGAUGACUUCAUAAUUAUGAGGGCUACCUAAUGGUGAUUUGCUUUUACUCUUUUUUAAAGUUAAAGCUUUAGUCUAAAGCAUAAACAUUAAAAUAUCUGCCUCAAAUCCUAUUUGCCUUGUGAUUUGCUAAUAUAAAUUUAUGCCUUUUUUUCUCUUUUGCUGUCUUCUCUUGGUAAGUAAAUUAGCAGAUAGAAAUGGAUUUCAGAAUAGAGGUGCAUGGUUGUCUCAAUAAGUUAUUUCCGCAUAAUAUGUCACUGAGUAUAUAAUGUUUCUAAGGAACUUUUUUCUCUAAGUAAAAGUCUUUGAAUGUAUACAUAUUUGAAAUAACACUAUGUCAUUGAAAGGGAACAAAAUAAGCUCUUGAUAUGAUAUAUUCCCUUUGGAUUUAUAAUCCAGAGCCCAGAGGUCACUGUAAGAGGGCUAGAAGUGGGAAGGAGGGGAAUACCUUUUAUGAGCCAUUUAAAUGUUAAUGGUAUUUGGAAAUGAUUUGUAAAAGUUUACUGUUUUAGAAAAGUAAGAAAUCCAGUAAAAAAAUUUGAAGAUGCACUCACAUAUUGAUAUCUUGAUAGGUGUUAAAGCAUUUAAAGUACAAGUUCUUUUGUAGUUUAUAAAAACAAAUAGUGUUCUAAAAAUAUCAGGAAGUGCAAAGAGAUUAGGGUGAAAAUGAAUCAAAAAGACUACAGGAAAUCAAAAACCUACUAUAUCCUUAACAAUGUUUUCCAUAAUAGUUAUUUUCUCCAAGCUUUAAAAGGCUUUAUUUACAUCUAAAGUAGUUCUAUAUAUUGCAUCUGCAGAAAAGGAAAUUUAGGUCUCCUUAUCUUAUUCAUCAAAAAAAAAAAAAAACCCUUCUUAAAUGAAACAACCUAAUUGCUUUUGCCCCUCCUUCUUUCCAGUGAAGAUAUGUGAAAGAGGACACACUCAAAACCUGUGUCAUCUUUCUGUGACAUUCAUCUGAAGAACAGUCAAGUUGAGGAACCUAAGUAGCUUUCUUGCUCUUCCUGAUUAAAGUAUUUAAACAAAUACAAUAAAACUACACCAUAAAAUGAUUACUCAGAGUUUCAGAAAAUCUAUAUAUUAAAAUAUCAAAAUAGCAUUCAUUCAAGAUUUUUGGUUUAUUUGCUAUUUUGAAUUAUUUGUAUUAGUGCCCUUUUCCACAUUAAUACAGAUGUGAUCAUUAAAAUAAUUUUAUCAAGUGCCUAUUACAUAUAUACAAGGUACUGUCCUAAUAUUGAGAGCUGACUUAAAAUCCAGUUAUACUAGGCAGUGUUGUCAAACCAGCUUCAAGAACUGAGGUCACUCAUAUUUAACAUGUAUAGGACUUCUUGCCAUCUGGGGGAGGGGGUGGAGGGAGGGAGGGAAAAAGUCGGAACAGAAGUGAGUGCAAGGGAUAAUGUUGUAAAGAGAUUUUUUUCAAAAUUAAAAAAAAGAACUGAGAUCACUGAGGAAUGAAGGAUUUUUGUAGAUCUGUCAGAGAUAGGUAUAUGUUGCUGCUCUAAUCUAGGAUUUGCUCUGCCUCUCAUGGGUAUUUUUUAAUGCUGAGUUAACCAGCUAAUCUAUGAGACUUAAAUUUAUUUUUCCAAGCCUUUAAUAUUAAGUAUAAUGAUGUAGCUUUGGCUGAUCAAAGGGAACUUAUUAAGAUUUCAAAAUCUGUGACUUGAAAAAUAUUCCAGGGAAAUGCCCUCACCAGCAGAAGAAAUGGGAGUGACCUAAUGUUCUCUUAGAACUGUGAAUUUUCCAUACAGGCAAAACUAUGUGAAUUUGUCUGACUUAAAUCUAGUUUAUGUUCAUAUAACAUUAAAUUCUUGGUUAUGUUCUAGCAGUGUUUGCUUUCUAUUUAAAUGAAGACUGUACAGUUGUAACUUAUGUAAAUUUAAUAGCUUCUUUGCUUAAUGAAUUGCUGCCAAAAUAUUAUUUGUCAAAUAUAUUCUGUAUAUUGAAACCAUUGUACUUUGACACAUACUCAAAAUAUAAAUAUUUGAAUAUCUUAUGUCUUGGAAAUUAAAUGUACUUUUGUUUUCUUUAGUUCAUUAAACUAUGACUAAAUGGUUAA